ACCAUUAGAUGUCGCCAUUUUGCUCAAAAUCCACAUAGUUGCUCUCGGAAGAAUAAGCGCUGUCGGGAAAUGUUCACCCUUUUAUAUACAGUGUCCAAAAAUAUCUCACGAGCAGUGAAUUUGCGUUGUGUGUUUCUGUUGCUAUUGGUUACAGGCAGUAAUAACAUAAAACGUUUUAAUGACUGGUGGACAUACCGGGUAAAUAAAAGGGUUGCACUAGGACCCCUCGGCUGUGCGUCAAGUGACGGGGCAGCCAGUUAUAUGCGACGCUGCUCUGUAUGGCCCGCAGCCUUUUUCAGCUUGCUGCGAAAACGGAUGUUCCUGUUGUUAACAGGCCCAUGCCUGAAAAGCCAGACAGACCGUCACAUUUCAGCACAAAGCCAGCUACACUCGAGCGAGUCGGUCGACACAGCAGCAGCAGCAGCAGUACAGCAAGAUGGAGUGUGAGUGGAAGCCAGACGAGCUGGGACUUCGACAGAUUUUACAGCUCCUGAAAGAGUCUCAGUCUCCAGACACGUCCACACAGAGAUCCGUCCAACAAAGACUGGAGCAGCUGAACCAGUUUCCCGACUUCAACAACUACUUAAUAUUUGUUUUAACAAAGCUCAAAUCUGAAGAUGAACCAACGCGGUCCCUGAGUGGUCUGAUACUGAAGAACAACGUCAAAGCCCACUAUCAGAACUUCCCCAAUGGUGUUUCUGAUUUCAUCAAGAACGAGUGUCUCCAGAACAUUGGAGAUUCAUCUCCCCUCAUCCGGGCCACUGUGGGUAUCCUAAUCACCACGAUCGCCUCCAAAGGAGAGCUCCAGAACUGGCCGGAGCUUCUGCCUAAGCUUUGUCAGCUGCUGGAUUCUGAAGACUACAACACAUGUGAGGGUGCGUUUGGAGCCCUGCAGAAGAUCUGUGAAGAUUCUGCAGAGAUCCUGGACAGUGACAUGCUGGACCGUCCCCUCAACAUCAUGAUCCCCAAGUUCUUACAGUUCUUCAAACACAACAGUCCAAAAAUCAGGUCUCAUGCCAUCGCCUGCGUCAAUCAGUUCAUCAUCAGCAGGACUCAGGCUCUCAUGCUGCACAUCGACUCUUUCAUUGAGAACCUGUUUGCCCUGGCAACAGAUGAGGAAUCCGAGGUUAGAAAGAAUGUGUGCAGAGCUCUGGUCAUGCUGCUGGAGGUCCGCCUGGACCGUCUGCUGCCACACAUGCACAACAUUAUUGAGUACAUGUUACUGAGGACUCAGGACCACGAUGAAAAUGUUGCCCUGGAGGCUUGUGAAUUUUGGCUGACGUUGGCUGAGCAGCCAGUGUGUAAGGAAGUGCUGUGUGGACACCUAUCCCAGCUGAUUCCGGUGCUUGUCAACGGGAUGAAGUACUCGGAGAUUGACAUCAUCCUGCUCAAGGGCGACAUCGAAGAAGACGAGGCCAUUCCUGACAACGAGCAGGACAUCCGUCCACGCUUUCACCGGUCUCGCACAGUGGCUCAGCAGCACGAGGGCGACGGCAUCGAGGACGACGAGGAUGACGAUGACGAACUGAAUGACGAUGAUACGAUUUCUGACUGGAACCUACGUAAGUGUUCAGCAGCGGCGUUGGACGUGUUGGCCAACGUGUUCAGGGACGAUCUCCUGCUACACAUUCUGCCCCUCCUCAAGGAACUGCUCUUCCAUCCAGAGUGGGUGGUCAAGGAGUCUGGCAUCCUCGUGUUGGGGGCCAUAGCUGAAGGCUGCAUGCAGGGCAUGAUCCAGUACCUGCCUGAGCUCAUUCCCCACCUCAUCCUGUGUUUGUCCGACAAGAAGGCCCUGGUGCGUUCGAUCACAUGCUGGACGCUGAGCCGCUAUGCCCACUGGGUGGUCAGUCAGCCCCCGGAUACUUACCUGAAGCCCCUCAUGGAAGAGCUGCUCAAACGAAUUCUGGACAGCAACAAGCGUGUACAGGAGGCAGCCUGCAGUGCCUUUGCCACAUUAGAGGAGGAGGCCUGCACAGAGCUGGUACCUUACCUGGCCUUCAUCCUGGACACGUUGGUGUUUGCGUUCAGCAAGUACCAGCAUAAAAAUCUGCUUAUUCUUUACGAUGCCAUAGGAACGUUAGCAGACUCAGUGGGACACCAUCUGAAUAAACCGGAGUACAUCCAGAUGUUGAUGCCGCCGUUGAUUCAAAAAUGGAACCAGCUAAAAGACGAGGACAAAGAUCUUUUCCCUCUAUUGGAAUGUCUGUCAUCAGUGGCCACUGCCCUGCAGAGUGGCUUCCUGCCCUACUGUGAACCUGUGUACCAACGCUGCGUGAACCUGGUGCAGAAAACACUAGCUCAGGCCAUGCUUCACCAGUCGCAGCCAGACCAGUACGAGGCUCCUGACAAAGACUUCAUGAUCGUGGCACUGGAUCUUCUCAGUGGACUUGCUGAAGGCUUAGGAGGAACCAUUGAGCAGCUGGUUGCUAGGAGCAACAUCCUCACUCUCAUGUAUCAGUGCAUGCAGGACAAAAUGCCGGAGGUUCGUCAGAGUUCCUUUGCUCUUCUGGGAGAUCUGACUAAGGCUUGUUUCCAGCAUGUCAAAUCAUGUAUCGCUGAUUUUAUGCCCAUACUGGGUACUAAUUUAAAUCCAGAGUUAAUAUCUGUGUGCAACAAUGCGACAUGGGCAAUUGGAGAGAUAGCUGUUCAAAUGGGGCCUGAAAUGCAGCCAUAUAUUUCCAUGGUGCUGCACCAGCUUGUAGAGAUCAUUAACAGGCCCAAUACUCCAAAGACUCUGCUGGAAAACACAGCAAUAACAAUUGGUCGUCUUGGUUACGUUUGUCCUCAAGAGGUGGCACCCAUGCUACAGCAGUUUAUAAGACCCUGGUGCUCCUCUCUACGAAAUAUCAGAGACAAUGAGGAGAAAGAUUCUGCAUUCAGAGGAAUUUGCACGAUGAUCAGUGUGAAUCCAGGAGGUGUCGUGCAGGACUUUAUAUUCUUCUGUGAUGCAGUGGCCUCCUGGGUAAAUCCAAAGGAGGAUCUCAGAGACAUGUUCUACAAGAUUCUCCAUGGGUUCAAAAACCAGGUUGGAGAUGAAAACUGGAACCGAUUCUCAGAUCAGUUCCCCAUGCCACUGAAGGAGAGGCUGGCAACCUGUUAUGGGGUGUAACUGUUCCUGCAGCAGUGAGCCUCAUCGCCGGGGUUUUUCACUUUGGGAAGUAAAAUAGGGAACCUCUUAUACCCAGGGAUCACGUUACCCUUUACUGGUGGGAGGGUCUGCCUGCUCAGGGGAGGGAAGGGGUGCGGACCCUUCUUCGACCUGGUGGACAGGGUGGGAGGGAGGUGGUAGCUGCAGUGCUCAAAGCCCCAGUGCACAGGCAAAAAGGGGUAAAGGGACAAGCAGAACAACCUAAUCAAGGGAGGAAAACAUAAUCACAUCUUUCUUAGAAAUAAUGACAUUUCUCACAUGAUUUUUUUUCUCUCCCUAUUUCUUCCCCACACUCAUACAUAAGCAAAUAGGGAGUAUAGGAUGUAAAACUCUGUAUCAGAUAUUUGCUUUUAAAUUUGGCUAAAAGAUGAGUUUCCUUUUAUUGUGAAAGAGUUAUACAGGAAGUGGUCUCCACGACCUUGUCAGCAUGGGUAAAUGAAAUGUUGUAGUUUAAAGACAAUGCAUUUUUAUCAUUGGAGCAGAAGAAGUUCACCUUAAAGAGAUGUUGGAAGUUUAUUAAACGAUAAUAAGUGUAGCUAAAACGCUCAUGACCAGCAGCUAAAAUAAAAGUACGACUCUUAUACUGGCGUUACAUGGCGUUUAAGGUAUCACGUGUGGAGUUGUCAUUUGAUUUCAGCGAUGGCUGAUAUUUAUGUCACUGGAGAUUUUUUUUCCUCUUCUGGGAGUAGGUAGCAUGCUUGUAUCAUUGUGAAAAGUGGUUAAUAAUUAGUGAUAUGUGUUGAGUUUUACAGCCAUCAUUACCCCCGAGAAGGUUCAUUUUUCCAUCCUGUACAUUUAUCAAUUUACAGUUCUUUUUUUUUAAAAAAAAUCCCUCGUUUAGAUAAUUACAGCCGUCAGCUGUAGAGAACGAUGACUGGGUUAAUAUACCGGCCUUAGGAGAAGUGUAAAAGUCUGGGCUGUGAUUUGACAGUGCAGUAAAAAUCCCUGUCUGGUCUUGUGAUGGAUGUGGGUGUGACACAGAUAUUCGUAUCAAAGCUUUAAAUGCACACUAUUCUUUUUAGUAUCUGAGCCUCAUGAAGAGAGAGACGAAGGAGAAGCAGACAGGCUGACGUCCUGUGACUCGCUCCUCUUUCGUUUGUGUUUUUUUUUUUUAAUCACAACAACACUAAACCUGUCCAAGUGAAUAUAGUGACUGUUUGGCUGUCAGAACCCCAGACCCUGUCACCUCAAUAUUGAUUAUGUUUAUUUCUGAAUGUACUUAACUUUUGUUAUGGGUUGUUUAAAUUCUUGUGCUCAAAGCAUGUUUUGGAGGAUGACUGUGUAAUGUUAUGGGUGGUGGUGUUUUGUGGGGUACUUGGAUGCUGUAUGUCUCUUGCAUGUUGGUGGCCUCUUGCAGCGCGACCUAGUGUGGGAAGGGGAUAACGGGAGGGAGGGGAAUCUUCGAUUUAACCUUUCAAAAGUUACAUACAGCUGUGCAUAGUAGCCAUUUUAGGAUUUGCAACGCUGGUACAGUCCUACAGUGAAUCCUAUUGAAGUGUACUCCCUUAACUUUUACCCCAAAGCUGGAUGUAUAAUUCUAAAAACUGUGAAACUACAAUGUGGAUGUCCGUUUGUUUUUGCGCUGUAAUAUUUAAGAACAUGUGUGAAUGUUUUGUUUUUGGAAAGGCUGAAUGUAUUCCAUGAUGGGUUUGACAGGGAGGAUUUUUUUUAAUCGUAUCAUUUUAAUGCCCAGCCAGUCGUUUUCCUUUCUCCUCUGCAGGCCAGAGUAAUAACUGCAGUAUUUAAUCCUUUUAUGAUGCACAUGCCAUGCACUUAAAAAUUAAAAAUGCAAGAGCUUGAAAUUAACUGUCUAUCCAAAUCCUUAAGACUAUAACCUUAUAGUUGACAUAGAUGAUUAAUGAAAUAGAGCUGCCAAAAUGUAUUUAUCUAAUGCAAUAAUUAUUGGGUAAUGUCAUUCUUGAUUUAAAAAAGAAAUAAUUAGAAUAGUUGAGCAUCUCAAAAUAAAUGUAAACAAUGUGAAACAGGUUUAGACAAAUGGUCUAAAACAGGGAAUUUAAUGCAUCAUGGAAUACAGAGGCAAAUAUGUACAUGUGCCACAUCAUUUUGUGUUUGAUCUGAUGGUUGUCUGUCACAUUCCAGCUGUUCAGCAUGCUAAAGCAAUGGGGUAACACAGUCUGAAAUCUGGUCGUUAAAAAAAAAAGAACACACACACACUUACAAUGAUCCCUGAACCUGCUGUGCUGUAUUUCUGACUUGACUGCUGCUAUACAUCGUAAUUGUGUUGAACUACUUGAAUCUGUGUAAACCUAUGUGUAAACCUCAGGAUGUCUGUGUUCAGUGUUAAUUGUUUUCAUUACCCCCUCUCCCCUCCGGCAUCAUGUGUGGCUUUACUCAUGUCUCAUUAAGCUAAAGAUUUGUCUCCUGCCCGUUAUACGUAUGAAAAUGGAUAACCUUGGGUGUUGAUUGACUUUGGUGUUAUAUACGUGUGCAGCGCAGCUAGCUUUCAGACUAUUGCUACAACUCAAAACGCAGGAGAAAACGAUAAUUUGGAAACAUUUUUGCCAUUUUUAUUAAAAUUGUUGUUGUCAAACCUUUAUUAAUGUUUAGUAAAAUGUGUACACAAUGCCUUGAAGGCAAAUACAGUAUACGGUAUUUAACUGCGUAACUCCUACUGUACUUAAAGUAAGAGAUAGGUUGACAACUUAUGGGCGUCAUGUUGUAUCCAUGAUGUCUGCGAACACGUCUGACUUUCUAUAGAGCUUUAUCUUAAAAUUUGUAUUUUAUAAAGCACCCACUGAUAAUGAGGAAUGUCUACUCAACGAACUCCUGUGUUCUCUCUUAGCCUUCAGACUGAUUGGACUAUCUGCCUUCAUCUUUUUUUGCUGAUAAAAGCAAAAGUGUCAUUUUGAUAGAUAUGGUUUGAGGUUUUUUUAAUAAGCUGCUGAAUUUUAAAAUUAAUACUUUUUGGGGCCACCAAAUAUUUUGGAUCAUGCAAAGAAUCUAUAUUGUACUGUAGUAAUUUUGUAAUAUUUGUAAGAUGAUAUAGUGAGUGUGACUGGUUAUCAUUGCUUGAGUCUGUACAUUGUUCCAAUAAAUUGUUUACAUCAUUCCA